AUGCCUCGCCAAUUCUUCGUCGGUGGUAACUUUAAGAUGAACGGUGUGAAGGAGAGCAUCACCAGCAUCGUUAAUAACCUCAACGCCGCCAAGCUCGACUCUACCACUGAGGUCGUCAUCUCCCCCCCCGCCCUCUACCUCACCCUCACCCGCGAGCUCGCCGACUCCAAGAUUGGCGUUGCCGCCCAGAACGUCUUCGACAAGCCCAACGGUGCUUUCACCGGUGAGAUCUCUGUUGAGCAGCUCAAGGACACCAACAUCAACUGGGUUGUCAUUGGUCACAGCGAGCGUCGUGUCAUCCUGAAGGAGACUGACGAGUUCAUUGCCCGCAAGACCAAGGCUGCCAUUGACGGUGGUCUCUCGGUUAUCUUCUGCAUUGGUGAGACCCUUGAGGAGCGUGAGGCCAACAAGACCAUUGAUGUCGUCACCCGCCAGCUGAACGCUGCCGCUAAGGAGCUCUCCAAGGAGCAGUGGGACAAGGUUGUUGUCGCCUACGAGCCCGUCUGGGCUAUCGGUACCGGCAAGGUCGCUACCACCGAGCAAGCCCAGGAUGUCCACGCCGAGAUCCGCAAGUGGCUCGGUGCGAGCGUCUCUGCUGCCGCUCAGGAGGGUGUCCGUGUUAUCUACGGUGGCUCCGUCAGUGAGAAGAACUGCCGUGAGCUCGCUCAGCAGCCCGAUGUUGACGGUUUCCUCGUUGGCGGUGCCAGCUUGAAGCCUGCCUUCGUCGAAAUCAUUAACGCUCGCAUCUAA